GUUACCAUCUGGUAAAGUUAAUUUGUUAAAGCAACAACCAUGAAGCUGCUCGUUGUCGCCGUCAUUGCGUGCAUCAUGCUCAUCGGAUUCGCCGAUCCUGCCUCGGGCUGCAAGGAUUGUUCAUGCGUGAUUUGUGGACCUGGUGGCGAGCCGUGUCCUGGGUGUUCCGCACGGGUUCCCGUCUGCAAAGAUCUGAUCAACAUUAUGGAGGGUCUUGAGCGGCAGGUGCGUCAGUGCGCCUGCGGAGAGCAGGUUUGGCUGUUCUAGAGAUGUGCCCUCAACCUAAUCGGCACUGACCUUUUAUCUGCUGGCAUUUAAAACUGCUGUCUAAUAAAACUAUUAUCAUUCCUGCACGACCC